AGUCACCUGUGUACUCCUUCGCCCGGCAGUUUGUUGUGGACCGGCAGUGCGUAGGGACCUGUGGGGACUAUUAACUCUGUCUCGCUGUGAGAUAACUUCGAAAAUACACUAGUUCAUCUACCCUCGCGACCACAUCACAAAACGUCCAUCAAAAAGGGUUGUGGCGCCGCGACUCUACCACACCGACACCACCCACGCCCUACCACCAGUGAGCUUGUGUGCCAAACGUCGUCCUCUGCUGCCUGAGAACCUUCAUAUCUUCUGCAGCAACAUGGGGCUGGACUGCGGGACAGCGUUCGCCAAGUACCUGUUAUGUUUCUUCAACUUCAUCUUCUUCGCCGCUGGGGGCUUGGUACUGGCUCUAAGCAUCUGGUUAGCCGUGGACAACACCUCGUUCCUGCUACUAACGCGGGUGUCGGAUAAUGAGAGUCUGCAGCAGUUCAAUCAGCCCUCCGUCAUGGAACACGGCGCCUACGUACUCAUCGUGGCAGGCGGACUGGUGUUCCUCAUCGGAUUUCUCGGCUGUUGCGGCGCUGCCAUGGAGUCGAGGGCACUCCUGACCAUGUAUGGCCUGAUGAUCAUCGUUAUCUUCCUGCUGGAGGUGACUGGAGGCGCCCUGGCUGCUGUCUACAAGGCUGAGACGAAGGAGGAGCUGCAGAACUUCUUGAAACACACCCUGAAGAAGUAUUACUCGACCCAGAGCCAGGCCAACUCUGUUACCGUCGCCUGGAAUGCACUUAUGGCCGAG